GUGGUGACUAGAGGGCCACCGUCUUGGGCUUCAGUGCCAAAGGAAAUCGCUGCGCAGUGCCACCUCGUAUCGCGCUGUGAUGGGAUUUAUUAUUUUUUACUAAUAUCCAGUGUUCUUCCGAGGGAGUUGACCACUACUCUCCUCCUCGAAGACGGGCGCAGGAAGAGGAAGGGGGCUGUUUGCCCCAACACUUUAUUUGAAGAAGGAACUAUCCCAGUAACUGAAGGAUGGGAUACUUGGCCUGCCCAGUGUGUGAGCGCGAGUCGCUUGCCAACGUGAGCGACUUGCAGCUCCGAGUUGCUACGGCUCUCACCCGCCCCUUGACGUGCCCCAUCUGCAGUGCCUCCGUCAGCGGUCUGCAGGCGUUCCAUCACCACCUAGGAGCUCAUCUGCACCCUCAGCACAAUGCUUGUUCAAGUCCUGGCACGCCUCCCGUGGCUCCUGGAACCAUUUACCCACCCGUCAGUUCUCCAGAGAAUAUUCCAAAUUUAGAAAAUUUAGACAUAAGUGACGGUGGAGGGUGUGGCUCCAGUCCGGCCAGACUUCAGAGCGAGGCGGCGGGGGAAAAGCCUUCCUCUACAGACUGUAGUGUUAGUCAAGCCCAUAACUGUGACCUUUGUGGCCUUGUGUUUUCCUCAGAACACUUUCUUAAAAUUCACAAAGAUAUUAUUCACUCUAAGAAAUGCUGCUUUGACGUUACAUGUAAACUGUGCAGAAAAAAAUUCAAGGACUUUGAAACGUACCGUAAUCACGUGCGGGAGGAACACAGUGAGAGAAGAUACAUGUGUGAACAUUGUCCCAAAACGUUCAAGAUGAAAGGAAGCCUACUGGUCCACACUCGCAUGUUUCACGACCCAUCGUCACCCGGCACCUGCCACGUGUGCAACAAGACCUUCACCACCAGGGCCAGGAGAGAACUGCACGAGAAGCGUUACCACAGCCACCAUACAGAACAUCUAAACCAUGGCAAAGCAUCUCCUCAUUCUACAUUAAAUAAAUCUCCGAAAACUAAAACUUCUAGUCUUGGAGACGCCAAAAAUUGGCUAGAAACACUCAUGAAUGAGAACAAGACUGCAGGAGAGGAAGCUGUCUCACCGAGUGAGGCAGCUGCACACCAGCACCACCAUGUGCCCCACCAGUCCCCGCCGCCGCCGCCGUCACCGGUGUCGCCUUACACUUCUCACCCCACGAAGCAGCAGCAGCACCAGCAGCAACACCAGCAGCACCAUCAUCACCAGCACCAGCAGCAGCCAGACAUUAGUAUGAUUCCUGAAAACCAUUCUGGACAACAUUUCAUAAGUCAGCAAUCGAACCCAAGCCCUCAACAAAGGACGGAACAAGGUGAGGUGAAGGAGUAUCACUAUCAUCAUCAGCAGCAGUUGCGUCACAUUCAACAGGCUACCUUCGAGACUCAUAUUCACCCUGCCAAGCUGUCAGCAAAGGAGCCUGAGGGUCAGCACGCGUGGGGGCAAGAGGUACAGGUGCAAUCAUAUGUUACUUUGCAAGAGAAAGGUUUGCCUCAGCAGAAAUCUCAGUCUGACUUUUAUUUUGCCCCAUACAAAACCAACAUUGUAUUUCCAUGCCAGAUGCUGCAGCAGAAUCUCGGUCGCUCACGCAUCAUCGAAUAUAGCGAAAUGAAGGAAGAAAAGAAAGUUCCCAUCCCUCCAUACAGCGCAGCGUCAGAGAACACUUCGUCAAAUCGCGUGGUAGGGAACAGCCACACUCAGAGCAGUCCUGUGGCUGUUGUGUCGCCUCAGCCUCACAAAGCUGAAACCCCACCAACAGACAACAUGGACGUAGUGCAACCCCAUACUGAAACUAGAAGGACCAGUUUACCUCAUACAGUCCAAGCUAAUUUCAACAAGUUGCAGAGUCCUCCUCAGAAUGAGACCACGACUCGACAGACCUCCACCAGCUACGCCAGUGAAUUACCGGUGAAUACCCCAGGAGGAACCAGUGCAGGUGGAAGCGUUAAUAGUGCCAAUUUGAGCCUAGUUUAUCAAAAUAUCAUGCCCAAUCUGACUCCGCAAACAAUCAUCGACCACAAAUCAGGGAUACGUGUGCCUCCUCAGCUGAUGCCUGCCAACCUCUGCCAGACGGACAAGAAAGGCCAGACGGUCGACAGUAGCGUUCAAGUGACGGAGACGCAGAAGGGAGUUUCCACGUGUGAAGUCCGACCCUUAGUAACUGAAGGACAACAGGAGAGAACUAGGCCCAAUCCCGCGCCACCACCCGUCACCAAGAAAGAUGGGAGAGGGUCGGAGAGCAACAAGCAGUGGGAAUGUGACGUCUGUAAAAAGUCCUUCACCACGAAAUACUUUCUCAAAAAACAUAAACGACUUCACACAGGAGAGACGCCGUACGCGUGUGCAGAGUGUGGCAAGACCUUCACCUUCCAGCAGAGCUACCACAAGCACGUGCUCUACCACUCCGACGACAAGCCGCACCGCUGCUCCUACUGUGGCCGAUCCUUUAAGGAGAUGUCGACCCUGCACAACCACGUCCGCAUCCACACCGGCGAGAAGCCCUUCGUGUGCGAGACCUGCGGGAAGGCGUUCCGUCAACGUGUGUCUUACUUGGUUCAUCAGAGGAUCCACACCGGGGUGAUGCCGUACACCUGUGAGGUCUGCCACAGGUCCUUCCGGUACAAGGUCAGUCUUCGCUCCCACAAAUGUGAACCAAGUGUCGCCUCUUCAUCUGGAGCCGCCAAAGACACCGUGGACGCCGCGCACACCACCCCGCCCACUUCUGCCCCACCUCCCCCGCCUGUCCCACCUGCACCGCCUACCCAGCCUACACCAGUCACGCCCACGCACACCUCGCUUCCCGCCCCCACUCCACCCACGGUGGAGAUGGUUCCCGCCGGGUGUGUGGGCGGCCUGCAGGACCCGAGCCACGGCAGCCCCAGGUGUCGCCCUCCACUAGAGACCAUUGACGCAGCGGCCAUCUCCUGCGAGGGAACAACUCCCCACGAAGAGAAACGCGCCCCUCAUCGGUCUCGUGGUGGGCGGGGCGGUGGCGGCGCUCAGGAUCCCCUCUCCAUGGCCUUCCUGCACGCCCUUGUGGAUCCGCAGCCUGGACGCCCCCAGCCUCAACAGGACCCAUCCCUCCCAUUCCCGAGCCUCUCACCUGGAGCCAUCGACGCUGACAUGGACCACGACAGCUUCCUUACCAAUCUCCUCAUGUGAUGCAUCUCUGAGCCACUUUGAGCCUAUCCCAGUACUUAUAUUUUCAUUAUUCCAACAGUGUAGGUAAAUAGUAAUGCACGAUAGUAUUUCCUUAAGAUUAAGCUAAACAUAGAUAUAGUUACCAUGCUGAUCUCCAGACCUUCUACCUUCACUUCAUCCUCACUCCUACAUUUCUCGUAUUCAAGAUUACAGAAGGAUUGUUUGAGAGUUCCUUCAUAUACUUAACACCUUCAGAACCAUGCCGCUUUUCCUAUUCAUUCUGAUUACUAUUUGGUGAGUUUAUACACCUUCAGAAACUUAUGUGGGGUUUAGAAUAGCAAAGACUCUGACCUUUAAUCCAUAGACCCUUCUUAAUGCAAAUGAAAUUGAACUCAGUACUGAAGGGGUUAAAGUGUUGUCCAGGUUUUCACUGGUACCACGUCUUUAAAUCUUGCAUUCUGGUGUGAAAACUAGUUCAGAUAGUGUGCAUUCCCUCUUGAUUUAGGUCUCCACACAUUAUAUAGAAGUAGUAUAACUUCAUUUUCUUUGUACUUUUAUCUCUUACAAUAUCAAAAAAAAAAAAAAUCAUAAAGGAGUGCCGGGAGAGUGAUACAGUGCUGACCUGACCAUUGUUUUGUCAGGUAGCAGCGUGAAAUAUGCAUGUACUGAAUAGAAGUAGUGACGAGGAGCUAGUUAUAGUAUCUCCUAAGAGUGAACCUGCAUGGACCGUUGUUAGUUGAGUCAUUUCCCACAGUACACUAGUUCGACGUUGUGUUUGCCGUAUUUUGUUAUACUGAUUCAGAUUCUGAUAGAGCUAUUGAUACAGUAUGUGGAUAUUUAUUUUUCUAGCAUGCAUGUGUAUACACUAUUGCUACGUAUGACAGACUAUGUGCAUAUAGUUGUGUGUGUGUGUGUGUGUGUGUGUGUGUGUGUGUGUGUGUGUGUGUGUGUGUGUGUGUGAGAGAGAGAGAGAGAGAGAGAGUGUACGUGUGUGUGUGUGUGUGUGUGUGUGUGUGUGUGUGUGUGUGUGUGUGUGUGUGUGUGUGUGUGCGCGCGCUCAAUCAACAGCAUGAAAUAAGACGUUGAAAUUAUUAGAAGU